GUACAGUAUAUAUACAUGUAUAUAUAUGUGUUCUCAGUUUCUUCAUUGUAAAGCUCAACGGAGUUAUUUUCUCGGAAACUGGAUGGAAAAUAAGGCAACUCUUUUAUAUAAUUUCGAUUUCUGGCCUUAUAAUAUACUGACCUGUGGAUACAAUUUUAUGUAUAUAUUAUAUAUGUAAACAUAUAGAAAGUUAGGGUUUAGACUUUAGUGUUUGAAAAUUUGAGUCACAUUUUAAGGGGAUUAGUUAAAGUUAAGAGGAUUUUGGUAAGAGAAGGAAUUGGAAUUUGUAUAUGUAUAUGUAUUUGUAAUUUUUGUGUUUGGGAAGUGAGAAAGUGAGCUGAUGCUGGAGAAAUGGACACAGUCAAUCCACAGCCACUGCAAGUGAGACCGUAUGUAGCAGAAGGAGGAGGUCAUAUCGUGCAGUUUGCAGUACUGGGAGAAAGCAAUGGAGUUUGUUUUGAUGUUGAUGUUGUUGGAGGUGGAGGUCGAAGCGAUUCUGUGAAUGGAGGAGUUGGAGAUUCUCCGAGGGAUUUCGCAAUGGUUGCCUGUGGAAAUUCCGGUGUGCCUUCUCGGACUAGUGAGCUCACCAUUGCGUUCGAAGGCGAGGUCUACGUGUUCCCGGCGGUAACGCCAGAGAAGGUGCAAGCAGUGUUGUUACUAUUGGGAGGGUGUGAUGUACCCAGCUGCGCUCCUAGCUCUGAAUUUAUAGUAGAGCAGAAUAGCAGGGGUGUGAGUGACUUGACUCGAAGUUCAAAAGUUUCGCGAAGAAUUGCAUCCCUCAUGAGGUUCCGGGAAAAGAGAAAGGAAAGAUGUUUUGAAAAGAAAAUUCGAUACACUUGUCGGAAAGAGGUUGCCCAGAGGAUGCAUCGCAAGAAUGGACAGUUUGCAUCAUCAAAAGAGUCUUGUAAAACGGAUGUAGGAAACUGGGAUUCAAGUGAUGGCACUCCUUGUGCAGAAUCUGAAUUACGUAAAUGCCAACAUUGUGGGAUCAAUGAAAAGUGUACUCCUGCAAUGCGCCGGGGCCCUGGUGGUCCUAGAUCACUUUGCAAUGCUUGUGGGCUCAUGUGGGCAAACAAGGGAACUCUGAGAGAUCUUUCCAAAUCAGGAACAGGAAGGGCUAUUACUUUUGAUCAAAAUGAAAUGGAAACUACAGGUGAUGUUAAGCCUUUGGCUGUGGAGGCGGAAAACUCCUAUCAUGAGCAGGAUGGUCAGGGAAGCCCGGAUGAGAUUAAGCCUGUCUCAUUGGAUUCUGAAAAUCCUUCCUUGAGGCUGAGUGAUCAGGAAAUGCAGGAUUUGCAGGACCUGCAAGAUAUGCACGAAAUACAGGGAACUAAUGCUGAAGUAGUAACUGAUCAUGUGUCAAUUCAAGUAGAGAAUUCAUCAGUUGAGCUUGACGAGCAGGAAGUUUUAGAUGAAUUUACCAACACAUCAGGGACAGAAUUUGAUCUGCCCGAAAACUUUGAUGACCAGAUAUCAGUGUUUAACAGUCUAACGUCAAAUAUUGGAGACUAACGAUAACAAUACAGGAUUUGGGUAAUAGAACUAGCUCUAAAUUUUUAUAAAGGUGAAGAAGGUACGUACAGGUUGGGAUAUAUAUAUAUAGGUACUAUUACUACUCACUUCACUAAAGCCAAUAGUAGUAUGGUAACUUUGUGAAUUUAAUGUAUUUGUGAAAUCUGGAAGAAGAAGCACCACACAUGGUUUUCAUGACCCAGAACCUAGGUGUGCACUACUGAUCACUACUCUUACUCUAACAGUACACUUGAUUAUCAGAAAAUGAAUGGUUUAUGUUUAUAGACACAGGUUCCUUCAUCUGUAUUAUAGUGAAGAAGAAAUUUUCAUUCUAUAUAUAGUGUGAUUAAGUUUCUGGAUUC